GGGGCCGCGGGGCGCUGCGCGGGGUCCGCCCGUGGAGGGGCCACAGUCCCCGCCGGGGAUUUGAGGGACGCCUUCCACAGCCGCGAAGGGUAAGGCUCGGAGGGGGAGGGGGCUGGCCGUUCCGAGGAACGCCAGGAAAAGGAAGUUCCGGGACCCUCCCUGCUCUCGGCCCACCUCCGCUUCCUGCCUCAUGCCUCACCUUGUCCCCAGCACCUGGCCUCCCCUCAAAUGCUCGGAAAAUGCGACCUUUACUCUGGGGGACCUGGGCCUGCAGCCCCAGCCUUUUCUUCCAGGGCUCUUCUUUGAGCCUCUGACCCAACCCUUCCCCAGGCCAGGCUCUGGGAACUGGCUCCUGGGAUGCUACCCUGGGCACAAGUGGGCACCUGUGCCAGCCCUACUUGUGCCUGGGCCGUGGCCCUUCCCUACAGGGCGCUCACUAUGGCCCCACCGCUCCUGCUGCUGCUGCUGGCCAGUGGAGCGGCUGCUUGCCCGCUGCCCUGCGUCUGCCAGAACCUGUCGGAGUCACUCAGCACCCUUUGUGCCCACCGAGGCCUGCUGUUUGUGCCACCCAACGUGGACCGACGCACAGUUGAACUGCGCCUGGCUGACAAUUUCAUCCAGGCCCUGGGACCGCCUGACUUCCGGAACAUGACAGGGCUGGUGGACCUGACGUUAUCUCGAAAUGCUAUCACCCGCAUUGGGGCCCGCGCUUUUGGGGACCUGGAGAGCCUGCGCUCCUUGCACCUGGAUGGCAACAGGCUGGUGGAGCUGGGCAGCGGCAGUCUUCGGGGGCCUGUCAACCUGCAGCACCUCAUCCUCAGUGGCAACCAGCUGGGCCGAAUCGCACCAGGGGCCUUUGAUGACUUCCUGGACAGCCUCGAGGACCUGGACCUGUCCUAUAACAACCUCCGGCAGGUGCCCUGGACUGGUAUCGGCGCCAUGCCUGCUCUGCAUACCCUCAACCUGGACCAUAACCUCAUCGACGCACUACCCCCAGGCGCCUUUGCCCAGCUUGGCCAACUCUCCCGACUUGACCUCACUUCCAACCGCUUGGCCACCCUGGCACCUGAUCCGCUCUUCUCCCGGGGUCGGGAUGCCGAGGCUUCCCCUGCGCCCCUGGUCCUGAGCUUCAGCGGGAACCCACUGCACUGCAACUGUGAGUUGUUAUGGCUGCGGCGGCUGGCCCGGCCCGAUGACCUGGAGACCUGUGCCUCUCCUCCAAACCUGGCUGGCCGCUACUUCUGGGCAGUGCCCGAGGGAGAAUUCUCCUGUGAGCCACCACUGAUUGCCCGCCACACACAGCGCCUGUGGGUGCUAGAGGGCCAGCGGGCUACUCUCCGGUGCCGGGCCCUUGGUGACCCAGUGCCCACCAUGCACUGGGUUGGCCCUGAUGACCGAUUGGUUGGCAACUCCUCUCGAGCCUGGGCUUUCCCCAAUGGAACCCUAGAGAUUGGGGUGACAGGCUCUGGGGAUGCAGGAACCUACACCUGCAUCGCCACCAACCCUGCUGGUGAGGCCACAGCCCGAGUGGAGCUCCGGGUGCUGGCCUUGCCCCAUGGAGGAAAUGCCAGCGCCGACGGGGGCCGCCCUGGGCCCUCUGACAUUGCUGCCUCAGCUCGAACUGCUGCUGAAGGCGAGGGGACUCUGGAGUCUGAACCCAUCGUGCAGGUGACAGAGGUGACUGCCACCUCUGGUCUGGUGAGCUGGGGCCCAGGGCGGCCAGCCGACCCUGUGUGGAUGUUCCAGAUUCAGUACAACAGCAGUGAAGAUGAGACCCUCAUCUACCGGAUCGUCCCAGCCUCCAGCCACCAUUUCCUGCUGAAGCACCUGGUUCCUGGUGCUGACUACGACCUCUGCCUGCUGGCCCUGUCACCUGCCGCUGGGCCCUCCGACCUCACAGCCACCAGACUGCUGGGCUGUGCCCACUUCUCUACGCCGCCAGCCACACCCCUAUGUCAUGCCCUGCAGGCCCAUGUGCUGGGUGGGACCCUGACUGUGGCUGUGGGGGGGGUCCUGGUGGCUGCCUUAUUGGUCUUCACUGUGGCCUUGCUGGUUCGGGGCCGGGGAGCUGGGAAUGGUCGCCUCCCACUCAAACUCAGCCACGUCCAAUCCCAGACCAAUGGUGGCACUAGCCCCAUGCCCAAGAGCCACCCACCACGAAGCCCUCCACCUCGCCCCCAGCGCAGUUGUUCCCUGGACCUGGGGGAUGCUGGUGGGUGCUACGGGUAUGCCAGGCGCCUGGGAGGAGCCUGGGCCCGGCGGAGCCACUCUGUCCAUGGGGGGCUGCUGGGAGUUGGGUGCCGGGGUGUGGGGGGCAGUGCAGAGCGGCUGGAGGAGAGUGUGGUGUGACAGGAGGGGCAGCUUCUCGUGUGCUCUGAGAAAGGAGCGGUACCAUUGUUGGGUCCAGGUGGCAGCACCCAGCCUGGGUGGGCAGCACGGCCCUGGGCCCCGCCCUGCUUUUUAUCCUUGGUACCUCAGGCUUUCCAUGUACUUGGUGGGACAGCAAGCCCUUUCCUUGGUUUUGGCCUCCAGACUAAAGGGACAGGUCCCACCAACAGGUGCUCAGAGCCACCAAGGCAGGGGCUGCAGCCACCAAGAGGGAGUCUUGUUUCUAUUUAUAAUAAAAUUGUUGGGGACAUCUCAG